UACGGGACAGAGGUCUCCUUGGAUCAGGACUUGGAGCGCCACAGAGUCGGACGUUCUCAGACGUGGCCGGCCUCCAGACCGCCGGCUGGACGCUGGACGGUUUGCUCACCUGUCUUCUGUGUUCUCUCAGGACUACAUGCAGAACGUCCACGGGAAGGAGAUCGACCUGCUGAGGACCACGGUGAAGGUUCCUGGCAAACGUCCUCCUCGAGCUGUUUCCACCUGCGCCGCCGUGCCGAGUCCCAAAACCAACGGCCUGACCAAGGACAUGAGCAGCCUGCAGCUGGGACAGAAUCCAGGUUCGGUGACCAGCAGCUCGUCGGCGUCUCAGAUGGCGAGCGGCGUCAGCCUGGUGUCCUUCAACAGUCGCGGCGGCCUCGAGGGGAUGCACCAGCGCUCGUACUCGGUCUCCAGCGCCGACCAGUGGACCGACGCCACCGUCAUCGCCAACUCCGGAGUCAGCACAGACACCGGCCUGGGAGACUCGGUCUGCUCCAGUCCCAGCAUCUCCAGCACCACCAGUCCCAAGAUGGAGCCGCCGCCGUCGCCGCACGCCAACCGCAAGAAGCACCGGCGGAAGAAGAGCACCAGCAACUUCAAAGCCGACGGCCUCUCUGGUACUGCGGAAGAACAAGAGGAGAACUUUGAGUUCACCAUCGUGUCGCUGACGGGUCAGUCGUGGCACUUCGAGGCCACGUCGUACGAGGAGCGGGACGCCUGGGUCCAGGUGAUCGAGAGCCAGAUCCUGGCCAGCCUGCAGUCCUGCGAGAGCAGCAAGAACAAGGUGGGUCUGGGUCUGGGUCGGGUCUGGGUCUGGGUCAGCAUUUAGUUAGCAUCGGCUAGCUCCAGUUAGCAGCAG